AUGCAAGAGGUUUGGUCAAUUCAACUGGGAUGGGAUGACCCGGUUCCUUCUACGAUAGCUUCCAAAUGGACCUCGUUCGUUAGCGAUCUUCAGAAUUUAACUUCUGUUAGUUUUCCUAGAUGGAUAGGCUUGAGUUCCGAUCGAACAUUUGAAAUACACGGAUUCGCUGAUGCUUCACCGCAUGCAUUUGCAGCAGUCGUCUAUACUCGAUUAACCUCUAGCAAUGGCACUAUCCAUACGAAGUUAAUUGGUUCAAAGACUAAAGUGGCUCCCUUGAAACGGUUGACCAUACCGCGGUUUGAGCUCGCUGGCGCGGUUCUCCUGACCAAGCUAGUGAAACACAUAUUGGAGAUCUUGAGUCAGAAUCACAUUCCCAUUUAUUUACGGACUGACUCGUCUGUGACGCUCACCUGGAUAAGUAACCAUCCUUCACGUUGGAAGGACUUCGUCCAUAAUAGAGUCUGCUUUAUUCAGGAAUCUUUGCCACAAGCACAAUGGAGAUUCGUAGCAGGACAGGAGAAUCCUGCCGACUUGGCAACAAGAGGUUUAACAGUUAGUCAACUAUUAGAUAAGGAGAUUUGGUGGAGCGGGCCCGUGUGGUUAACGGAACCGUCUUCUGAUUGGCCAACUAAUCUCAUCGCUACCGAAAGCACUGAAAACCUUGAAGAAAAACCCAUUAAAGUGGUUACGAUUCGCGUUCAACCGUUCGAAUAUUGGAAUCUUCUAUCGAGAUACUCUUCCUUAAAGAAAUUACUUAGGAUUACUGCCGUUUGCCGACGAGUUAUUGACAGGUUUCGCAAAGCUCCUAAGUCAUCUCUGACGCAUCCUCUCACUACCACUGAAUUAGAUUCGGCGAAACAAUUUUGGGUAAAAACCGUACAAUCAGCGGUCUUUUCAAAAGAGCUUGAGUUGAUUUCUAGCGGAAAACACUUUCAACCUUCACACCCAUUUUCGCGACUUACGCCGUUCAAAGAUGCUGACGGUAUCUUACGGGUUGGGGGUCGCCUUCAAGAAUCAUCUCUAGGGAUGGAAGCCAGACAUCCGGCUAUAUCUUACCGAAGUGUUCUCCACUCACUACAUUAG